AUGACUGGCAUCGUUGCUGCUAUCAGGAAUAACAAGAUCGGUAUGGCGGGUAUUCUGGACGAGGUGCGUAUACUGCCCAUAUUCGACGGCAAAGGAGUGACUUUCUCCGCAAUGGCGGAUGCUCUCACCUACCUGAUCAAUGAGAGGAGUGAUGAUGUGAAAGUUAUUCUCUUCACGGAAGGUUGCGAUUCAAGGAGAUCCCAAGCCGUUACCGACAAGAUUCGGGAAGCAACUGAAGCUGGCAUGCUCGUUGUUGUCACGGCAGGGGAUGAGAACCGGGAUCUGGACGUAACCCCAUCCUUCCCUUGUUCCUUCGGCCGCUCUGCCACUGAUGGAGUGUUAUGUGUGGCUGCAAC